AUGUGCGACAAGCGUCUCUGUGCUUGUGCAAAGAAGCAGAAGGCGUCGGUGGUGCCGGUCUUCAUGACUGAAGACGACGAGAAAGUGAAGGCACUUGAGAACGCCUACACGGAGUACGAGAAGAUCGAUAGCGCGUCUCUGUUGAAGAAACACUUGAGCCGGGCGAUCUUCGAUAAACUGAAGAUACGUGCGACCAACAACGGAUCGACGUUGAUGGACGUGAUUCAAUCAGGUUUAAAGAAUCCAGAUUCACACGUUGGAUUGUACGCGGCCGAUCAGCAAUCUUACGACAUAUUCGCCGAACUUUUCGAUCCUGUGAUCGAGGAAUAUCAUGGUAAUUUCACGCCACAAGACGUACAUCCGGAGUUAGACUGGGGAUCAUCCGAGGAGCUGGGUGAUCUUGAUCCGGACGGGAAGUACGUGAUCUCGACGAGAAUUCGUUGUGCAAGGUCGAUCGACGGGUACACGUUGAAUCCCACAAUGACUAUGAAUGACUAUCAAGAGCUGGAAAAUAAGGUGCAAAUGGCCUUAAAAUCGUUAGAAGGCGAACUGAAAGGGACAUUUUACACACUAAUGGCGAUGGACAAAGAGACGCAACAGCAGCUCAUAGACGAUCAUUUUCUGUUCAAAGAGGGCGAUCGAUUUUUGGAAGCGGCGAACUCCAAUCGGUUCUGGCCAUCCGGUAGAGGAAUAUUUUUUAACGACGCGAAAACUUUUCUCGUCUGGUGCAACGAAGAAGAUCACUUGCGUCUGAUAUCGAUGGAAAAGGGCGGGAACCUGUCGUCCGUGCAUGCGAGGCUUGUUAAGGCGGUUACCGAAGUUGGCCAGAAACUGAAAUUCUCACGGCACCGAAGACUCGGCUACCUUACCUUCUGCCCGACCAACCUGGGAACCACCAUCAGGGCCUCCGUUCACGCCAAGCUGCCAAAAUUGAGCGCGGAUUAUCCGAGAUUCGAAGAAAUCGCGAGCAUGUACAAUCUCCAAAUACGAGGCACCGAAGGUGAGCACACCGAGAGCAAAGGGGGAGUUUAUGACAUCAGCAACAAACGACGACUGGGUUUGACCGAGCGAGAAGUGGUCUUGGAGAUGAGGAACGGUGUACUCGAGCUGAUCAAACAGGAGAAACAACUGGAAGAAAGGGAGGCGUAA